AUGAUCAACAAAGCCAUACUGGAAGAUGCACAUAAAUGCCAGAAGAAUUUAAGUACGGCUUGGAUUGACUACCGGAAGGCUUUUGAUAGCAUAUCACAUGAAUGGCUACUCAAAGUACUUGAACUCUAUAAAUGUCCACCAGUUGUCAGAAAUUUUCUGAGGUUGGUCAUGCCCAUGUGGAAUGUGGUCAUGACGGCUCGCGACAAAGAAUUAAAAAAUGCAGUAGUUAAGACAAAAAUAGAGAUAAUAGAAGCUAAACCGCUUCACGGUCAAUUUUACAAAGCAGUACUAGAAAAAGAAAAUAUCGACAGAGCCCAAUCCUUCCAAUGGUUCAAAAGGCAACCGGUGUCUCCAGCAUUGGAAUCAGCCAUAUUUGCAAUUCAAGAUCAGGCAGUGGUGACCAGACAACAUGAAAGAGACAUAAUGAAACGCCAAGUUGAUGGUAGGUGUCGGUUAUGCUGCAUUAAAGAUGAGACCACAAAGCACAUUGUCUCAGGAUGCGAAAAGCUUGCUGGCACUUAUUACACCAAAAGGCACAAUAACAUAGUGCAAUAUGUUUUCUGGUCGCUAGCUAAAAAGCAUGCGUUUCAGGUCUCCGACCUGUGGUGGCGAGAACACCUUACGCAGCCACAGGUUAGGGAGAAUGAAGGUGCAAAAAUAAUGUGGGAGAUACCGGUUCAAACCGACGUUACAAUAGUUCACAAUAGACCAGACAUUAUUUAUAUAAACAAAACGGACAACAAAACAUACCUCAUAGGUGUAACAGUUCCCUCAGACUACAAUAUAGGAGCAAAAGAAAUAGAAAAGCUAAGUAAAUACCAUGCACUCAAAACCGAAAUAACCAGAUUAUGGAAAACACACACAGAAAUAGUACCAAUAGUAAUAGGAGCAACCGGAGUAAUAGCCAAAAGCCUACAGAAAUACAUAGAUAAAUUAGAUGCAAACAUCAACCCACACAUCAUGCAGAAACAAGCUGCCAUACACACGGUCACCAUCAUCACGAAAGUCUUGGGGGAUACGGUCUUCGUAGGAGGGGAAACUGAGCCACCCUUUCCCUGA